CCCUGGAGGGAGCCCUGCGAGUGACGUGCGCGGCGCGGCUCGACGCCGGCCCCCGUGCAGCUCCUCCCGCCCCUUGCCCAGACAGGGGGAGGGAAGAGGGGAGGAGUGAUGUGCUGCUGGGGAGAGCCGGGCUGCGCGAGCCGAGAAGUGGCGACUGGAGGGAGCUGCCGCCUCCCCGCCUUCCUCGUCCGUACCUGAGCGGCAGGAGCCACAGCAGCAGCAGCAGCAGCAGCAGCGAGGUCGGCUCGCUCCCCUGGCUCGGGCGGCGGCGGCGCUGCUAGCCGAGGGGCGCCUGCUUCCCCGCUCGCCCAUGGCUUCCUCCGGCAGCGGCAUGGAGGAGGUGCGCGUCUCGGUGCUGACCCCGCUCAAGCUGGUGGGGCUGGUGUGCAUCUUCCUGGCGCUGUGUCUGGAUCUGGGAGCCGUGCUGAGCCCGGCCUGGGUGACGGCCGACCACCAGUCUUACCUCUCCCUGUGGGAGUCCUGCGAGAAACUCAACAACCCGGAGACCUGGCGCUGCAUAACUACCUUGAACAGCGGUGAGAGAAGGGGGGGGCACCUGCCCGGCACCUUUUCCCUGCCUUCUUCUUGACUUCAAACCCCCCCCCCGUUCCCUCCCCGUCCCGCGCCUCUCCCUCUGACCCCACCCAUUGCAGCAGCGCCCCCCAACAUCUCUUCGGAGAGGGUCCUCCCUGCCCCCCCCCGCAUCCCGCCCCUAGAAUAGCAUCUCCUUCCCUCAUCCCCACCCGCUCAGGUUAGCCUUUUCCUCCGCAGCACCGGACUUCUCCUCUGCCCCCGCUUUGCCCCUCUUUCCUCUCCAGGAUCCAUCAGCGCCACCUCUUAACAGAACGCCUUUUCUUAUCCUGAACACUUCUGCUUCCAUAGCGGUAGCCUCGCCUUCUCAAAACGCCUCUUUUGUCCCAUCAUCCGGAGUCGGCAGCCCGUUGUUACCCACGUAGAGCAUUGCUCAUUGCCCUCACAUUGCCUCCUGCUGCCCACCUGGACCCAGCGCAACCCGCCUCUCCAUCCCUGACCACUUUUCUAUCCCACCUGACUUCACACACAGCACACUCAUCCCUGCAUCCUAAUUUGAACCUACUCCUUUUUUCCUCCCACCUCAUCUCAGAUCCUCUCCAGUAGUCUUUCUCAUUGCCCAAAUCCAAAUGCCACAUUCUGCUUUAGUUGUGAUCAAUCCAUCAUACGUGCCCCCAAUGCCCUUCCUUCCCAGCACCCCAUGAGCUGCAGUCUCAAGUCUGCCACUCCAAGUUCCAAUCCUCUACCUUUCCCUCUUUCUUAUGCUGAAUUUAUUCUUUAUGUCUGCCUGCUUAUUUCCCCAGCUGUCCCUCCUCCUCAUAGCCCCAUGUAGACAGAGAAGCAAUAUGUUUAAAUGAUGCGUCUGUGAAGCAGGCAGUUAAGGAUUUACAUCUACACACAUACAGCAUUAUGCACUCCUUUUCUCUUGUCUUGGAAGUCAGGAUACAGCAAGGGCUAGAAAACAGGGCUAGCUUUUUCAAAGCAUUUGCAUCAUGGGAUACCCUGUUGUUGUUUUUAAUGAACUGGCGUAUUUCGUUCAUGAAAAGAGCCUCAAUCCUGCAUGUUGUGGUGUGAAGGUGUUUUGUGGAUUAUCUUGCUGUUGUUUUUAACUUCAAAUCAGUAUUUUACCCUAUGCCCGGUUCCCAGUCCUCGAACUGAAGCUGACAAAAAAGUUGUGGCUUUCAGUUCAUUGAAUCUGUAGCCAACAUAAGAAGCAACACUCUCCUGUCACUGUAUUCUGACACUUUCCCUUUUCUGUUAUUCCUGUGCUCUCCUCCUUUUCUGUCCCUGAUGAGAACUUUCACUAGGCAACAUAUGCAGCUUUGUCUCUCAGCCUCUUCCCCCCUCCCCCAUGUACCGUAUCUUGUUGGCCUUAUUGGCAUUUAUCCUGUUUCAUUUUUUCUUUCAGUAAGCAAAAUAAUAUCUCUCCCUAAUGGAAAAAUUGCCCCUUGAAAUGAGCAAGAUUGUUUCAAAAUCAUCCCUCCAUCCCCAUAUCAAGUGGCUUGCUCAGUCUGCAAAAAUCCUUUUUGUGAGAGUUGCUUCUAUUUUCCACUGUAUCACAGCUGCUUCUAUAAUCUCUAUUGGAAACAUCUACAAGUUAAACUGUAGCCUUCACUUACUAAACCCUAAAUCUGGUUUUGAAUCAUGUAUUACCCUUGUGUUUUAAGAAAUUGUGCAAUAAGAGAUUGGUUUCCUAUUGGUUUGACUGCCUGCUGUGUAUUUUGCUACAUGCCUUUGUUUCUCUGAAAAUUCUUUAAAAUGUUCUUGGAGAUCUUUGCUUCAAAACUGCAGCAGAGGUCCUUUCUUUUAUUUUGUACUUUUUAUCACUCCAUCAAGUAAGAUUUGGUGUUGGGUGAGGUUUGCUGUCAAUUGUGUCAUGUAAAGUAAAUCAUUUUUAUUUUAUUUUUUAAAGAAUUGCUUCUUUGCGCUGUUACCAGGGAGUCUAAACAAACUUUGUAACAGAGCUGUAUUUUUUAAAAAUCUCUUCUCCCCUCCCACCCCACCCCCUGAAAUUUAUGUAGGAAUGUCAGCUUUGACUUGAUGUGUCUCCCUAGCAACAGGAAUCCUUUUGCCCCUUUCUCUGUCUUCUAAAAUGAUAUCCCUUGAUUGCAUAAAGACUUUUCAGAUGAAUUGGGUGGAGGUGGGAAGUGGGGGACCAAGUUUCAGUUCAGCUGGUUUUACUUUAUUUCCUUACCUUCCAAAGUAUGAGGGAUUAGGAAGGUUAAAUAGUGCACAGAUCAGCAUUAGAGGACUACUAAGCACUCUCCAUUUGCAUCUGGCAGACAUCUCCCUUUUUAGAUUUUUCCUAUAGAAGUGUGAGUGAGGGGAAUGGGUUGGAUGUGAGCUGAAGGCUUGUCAUUGCAUUUUUGAACAAUAAAUGAAUGGGAAGAGCAGGUAUUUGUUGUUGUGUCUUCCUGAAUGCCUUCCUGCUCCUUCAGGAAAUUUCAAGGCACUCCCAUUCUAUGAAGUCAUAGACUAAGCUUUACUGAUUUUUUUUUUGGUUUGUUUAAAAUAGUUUUGCAUGUUUUACAAGCUGCUGGGAAUGACUACUGAGACUAUUUUAAGCAAGACCUUUCCUUUAAUUGUAUCUGGGUCUAGAGGCAAGCUUUGAAAGCUUUCCUGAAAUAUGAGAAUGUGCACUGUUUACACAGACAUGCAUAUGCACAAAUGUUUGUCCUUUGAUACAAACAAAUCCUCUGCACAAGCUGGCAAAAGGCCCUCAUUGCAUUGGGUGAGUAAUGGAUUGGGUCCUAAGUCUAUAGUGUGAUUUGUUCUACAUUCACAAUAGCCCUUUGUUGUUAAGAACUUAGCCUUUUUUCUUCUACGUAAAACAAAGUAUUCCUAUUCUGUCUCAUUGCAGGCAAGGCUUUUAAGGUUAAAAUAAUUGGGAUAUACGGGAAAUAAGCAGAAAGAGCUUCCUUUAGGAAGACUUUUUAAUUAUGACACCAGGGCAAAGAGCAUUGUCACUGGAGAAACAGAAGGAGCCAGAGGCACAAGGCAUCUCUCCCUACCGUCUUAAAACAUUUGCUUCAUUGCCCCUUGAAGGAGAGCACCUCAAGUGGCACAAUCAAGGGCAGCCACACACCAGAGCCUGCUAAAGCAUAUCCAGGGUUUAAUUAAAAACCUUUGUCUUAAUUAGACUUUAGGUCCUGACUGCUCUCAGAGAGGGCACAUUUGGUUGUAUCUGCAGCAAGGAACAUCCUCUGAGCAAUUACCAGAAAACAGUCUCUUUGUCCAGUUUUGCUAACGGCCAGCAUAUCCCUUGUUAACUAUAUAAUGUGCUAUAUAGCUGUAACACUCACUGAGCAUCAGCAUGUUUCUGCUAACACUGCUAAUACCAAAGUGGGAGAGAGGGCUGUGUAUAUAUUUUAAAUAUUUCAGGAGGCAUCCAUCCAUAUUAAAUUUGCCUGAUAAUAAACUAGACAUGCAGUUGUCCCCCAUCUGUGCAGAUGAUUUGAUAAAAAAAAGAGCAUGUUUUGAUCAUGGCAUUUUAAAAUAAGUCGGUAGAUUUCAGCUAAGAUCCCAGACUCCUGGGCAGCCCUGUUGAUUUCUCUGGAGCUACAUGGAAGUAAAAUUGUGAAGAGUCAUAGCUUGGAAGUCUGACAUUGUUGUUUUGAUGUAGAUUAGGCCAUUUAAAAUAGCAACAUGGCUUAUUCUUACAUCAGAGCUAUGUGUAAGUGCAUGCAUACUGUAUUUUCUUAUGGCAUUUGACGUGUGAAGAAUGUAGCCCACAUGUAUGGCACACUGCAUUAGGCUUUCAAAGCCUUUGCUGUAGAAUCGUAUGGUGCUGAAUUAUGCUUGUCAUACUAUGUUGCUUAUUACAGAUCAGGCAUACUACCUUUGUAGUAUUGUCAAAAUUAAGUGGCACUUUGAGAUAUGGUCUUUCUAGACAAUGUGUAUUUUCACUUAAGCACAUACACAUGCAUUUAUACAAAAAAAAGCCUUUUGGGAGUCUGAAUCAUCCAAAUAACAUUACACUGAGAAAAACAUAAACAAACAUUAUAAAGCUUUCUUCUUUACAGGAUAUUAUUGUUCUCUGGUGAAACAUGUAUCAUAAUGUUUAUACAGCAGCAUUCAGAUGUGUUCCUUAUAACUUUUGGGAAUCCAUAGGACUAAAUGCUUACUAGUUUCAUCUAGGAUCUUUCAAUCUAUUGUUAAAAAUGUAAUGCAAAUUAAUUACUCCUUUCUUUCCACAUUGCUUUACCGAAAUAUUGCAAUAUCCCAUUUUAAAUCUAUUAUCUACUAACUAACCUAUGUUUUAACAGUCAUAGUUUGUGUGUCUGCUUAUUUUGCAUGAGAGCAGCUGUUCCAAGUGGAAUUGACAGCUCAAAAGCAGCUUCCUCCUGGGAAUAUGUAGAUCAUGGCUUUAACUGAGUUGAUAGUGAUGGAUAUUUGCAAAUAGCUCAGCAAGACUGAUAGUCACAACACACUAUUCUUCCCUGCUUUCCUGGAAAUGUUUUCUUAAAACUGAAAAAUAAUAGCUAAGCAGAAUGGAAAAAGCAAUUGUUAACAUAAAAAGUUUUACAGACGCCAUGGCCAACAAGCUGUAUAAAAGGCAAAUUCAUGUCUUACUCUGAAACAUAACUAGAAGAUGGAUUUUAAAGAAGGCUUUAUUUUAAAGCUUUCCAGAAUGUACCCUCUUUUCUCAAAGGAGUAAUUGUGAUAUAUUGUAUAAGAAUGCAAAUCUUUACAGCAUCCUUGCAUCUGUGGUGGAACCCCUCCCCAUUUUGAACACGUUCAAGAUGCUUCCUCUGCAAUCCAGGAAGGCUAAUCUACAUAGAGUGUGGUGCUGAUAACACCAAGGUUGCAGGUUCAAUCCCCUUAAGGGCCACCUGCGUAUUCCUGUAUUGCAGGGGUGGACUAGAUGACCCUCAAGGUCCCUUCCAACUCUACAAUUCUACGAUUCUAUGAUUCUUCUAAAUCUUUUCUUCUCUGCUGGCAAGGCAUGCAGCAACUGGGGGUGUCUAAAUGGUCCUCACUGGCAGCCAUACCACUAAAUAGAUAGUAGUUACUUUGAGGAAUUGGAUAGAAAUGUGCAAAAUCAGAUUUUAAAAAGCAAGCACAUCAACAUUUCUGACACUUCCAAUUCAGAAAUCCUUAUCCAGUUCAAUGGAUUCUAUAGUAUAGUGGUACCUCUGGUUAUGAACUUAACUUGUUCUGGAGGUCCAUUCUUAAGCUGAAACGGUUCUUAUCCUGAGGCACGCUUUCACUAAUGGGGCCUCCUGCUGCACGCUCGCCUCUGGUGCACAAUUUCCGUUCACAUCCUGGGGCAAAGUUCGCAACCAGGAGCAGCUACUUCUGGGUUAGCGGAGCUCGUAACCUGAAGUGUUCGUAACCAGAGGUACCACUGUAUUGUUUAUUAAUUUCUACAGAUUUGUAGACUGCCCUUUAUCACUUCAAUGCAAUCUCAGAGUGGUUUCCAUCAAUUCACUUGCACAUAGACACAAAAUAAGCAAAAAAAUAAAAACAAAUGUUGAAACAAUGCAUUUAACAAAAUAGUAAUAGGGUAACAGCAUAAAGCAUGAAUAGUAAUAGGAUAACUAGUGGUUGCUGGUUAGCUCCAAAAGCCCAUGUUAUCUUUACCUGCCAGCAGAAGCCCAUAAGAGUCUCCAUUAUUUGGACUUCCAGAGGAGGGGACUUCUAAAGUCAGGGGCCACACCAGAGAAAGCCCUGUCAUGCACCACGUGGUGGACCAAGCCCAUUGAAGCGACCACAAGAAGCUCCCCCCUGUCAGCCACAUAGCCCUAGACAGAUGGCAAAGUCAUGGACAAACAUGGGCGACUUUAAAAGAGGAUUAGACAUGGCGUACAUGGUUCUGACCCUUCCCAAUUUAUCUUGACAACAACUCUGUGAGGUAGGUUAGGCUGACAGUGAGUGGCCCAAAGUCACCUAGUGAGCUUCAUGGCUGAGUGGGGACUUUAAACCUCUGUCUAGUCCAGCACUUUAACCCCUGUCUAGGAAUGAAAAGGUCAGUGCAUGUUCCUAUGCUCCAUAGGGUCACAUCACCAGCACUAUAGCAAUGUUUCAUCAGUGCCAUGCAUUUCCUUAUGUAGUCAGCAGCAUCAAUGCCUGUACUUGCCUCUAGUCAAAGAAGAGCUAGAGUCAGGUCCACUUGAAAUCUUUGUGCAUCUUGCAGGGUAGUCCUAUAGGUGUCUACGUAGAAGUAAGCCAAAUGUGGAUUGCUUCCAGGAAAGUCUAUAUAUAGAAUUGCACUUCUAGGAAAGGUUGCUCAUUUGCCUUUAGCAUUGUGUGCCAACACAAUAUCAGGGAAGACACACAGCACCCAUGUUUCUUUGAUUAUGAUCUAGUUGUGAGUCUGCACAUUAUCACUUGGUCCUGUGAAGACACACUAACACACACAGGAAUGGGAUGUCAGGGAGCAGCUUCUACAGCUUAUUAACUGCCUCUUCGUGUUCUUGCACCUUAAGAAUCAAGUGAGCAAAGGUUCCUUAUCAUGCCUGAGAUGUUACCCAAAUCAGGGGGAGAAAUACUGAUGGAGUAUAUGGCGAGUGGCCUAGAAAAGGGAGGAAAAAGCAAACAGAACAACAGACACAUGUGCUUUAAGAUCUCCCAUAAAAAGAACAUAAGUGAGCCCCAACCCCAAACCAAUAAAAUCCCUAUUGGUCAGUUUUUAGAGGAUAGACAUAGCUGUGUUGGUUACCUUGAUUAACUUAUGGAGAAAAGGCUACACACCCAUCUUGUGUUUUAGACACAACAGGGAUAAAUGCAGACUGACAGGCAGUGGCUCUUCCAUGUUUCAAAUGAGUAUUUUCCAGCCCUAUAUGGAGAUGCCAGGGAUAGGCUUGGGCCUUCCACUGAGUUAUAGCCCCUUUCUCUGUGUCUCUCAUAACUCUUCUAGAUCUUUCUGGGAAGUUUGUGCUUGGACCAUAUCAUGUAUAAGCCAACUGUUGUAUUCAGUUUUGUUUUAUAAGCCAACUGUUGUAUUCAGUUUUGUUUUAUUCUAAGCAUGGAAGAAAUCUUCAGUGAAGUGUAUCCUAAACUAAUUUAUCUUGCUGUUACUGCUUUUGUAUAUUGCAGCAUUUAAAAUUUUAAUGCCUGCUUCUCCUUUAAAUAUUUUUAAUUGGGCUUCCGGAAUUUAAAGGAUGCUUUUACUGCUAGUGAUAAUAUAAGUAGUCUAAAUAUUUUAUGAGGUUUAUAUUUAGAAUCAAGUGGACUGUAACCUUGACUCAUACUCAGUUGCAAAAGAUGAUGCGGUAGGAUUCAUAUUCAUAAUCAGUGGGAGGAGGUAGGUGCUAGCUUAUGGAAUAUUGACUUCUUCAGUUAAUGUAAGGCAGUGUUUUUUCCUAGAAAAAUAGAUGCUGGUACUCACCAUGAAAUUGUUACAAUAAGUGCCACACUUUUUAACAACAACAACAACAAGGUGCUGGUACUCCAUACCCUUGAAUUCUCCUGAAAAAAAGCACUGAUAUAAGGAAUAGUAAUUAUUGGAUCACUGUCAAAAUGAGAAACAGUAACAGGUGGCAUUCCACAGAAGCCCCUUCAGUCAUUACUGACUCCGAUGGAGAAAUGGAGAGUAUAGAAAGUUAGGACACAAACCAUCCAAAGUUAGCACUUUAUACAUUUCAGUGGAAAAGUGAGCCCACAUGGCUCUCUUCCAUUGGAAUCAAUGAGAAUGACCACUUGCUGAACCGUUCUCCAAGUUUGCAGCGCUAGAGAACUAGAGAGAACUGCAAAUGCUACAGAGCACAAGAUAACAAUAUUUUAUGGUAGAGAAUUCUAUAGUUUAACUUUGUCUCACUACCCAGCUUCAUUGGAUGACCCCAAGUUCUAGCGCUAUGUGACAGGGAGAAAAACAUACCUUUGUCCACAUUCUUCAACACCAUGAAUAAUUUCUACACCUUUAUCAUAUGUCCCCUUAAUUAAAUAACUAUUCGUCAAAAGGGAACUGCUCCACCCUCCUGAUAGUAUCGACUGCUGUCCACCUUCACUUUUUCUAGUUCUACAAUAUUAUUUUUAGGAUGAGGUGAUCAGAACAGUACAUGGUAUUUGAGGUGUGAUCAUACCAUAGAUUUGUAUAAAGGCAUUGCAAUACAGGCUGUUUUAUUUUUAAUCCUUUCUUUAAUGAUCCCUAAAAUGGAAUUAACCAUUGUCACAGAAGCUGUGUGCUUGGUUAUCAUUUUCACUGAGCUAUCCACCACAACUCCCAAGAUCCCUUUCCUAGUCAGCCACUGCCAGUUCAGACCUCAUCAGUGUAUUUUUUGUCCCAAUGUGUGCCAGUUUAUACUUCUAUUAAUGUGUGUUUGCUAUGUUAUCGUCCAUUUACCUGGUUUGGAGAAAACCUUUUGGUGCUCUUUCCAAUCCCUUUUUGUUUUUACCCCCUGAAUAAUUCAGUGUUGUCAGUAAACUCAUCCACCUCACUGCUCACCCCUAACUAAAAGUCAUUAAUGAGCAAGUUAAAACCCAAUAUAGACCCUUGGGGAAUCCAACUUAUUAUACCUUACCUUGUGAGAACUAUCCAUUUAUUCCUUCUGUCUGCUUCCUGUUCUUUAAUCCAUUUCCAGUCUAUAAGAGGACAUGUUCUCUUAUCCCCAUGGCUAAGUUUACUCAUAAGUCUUUGGUGAGGGGCUUUGCCAAAAGUGUAUGGCCAACUUAUCCUGUAACUUUCUUAAGAUUCAGCUCUCUAGCUUGUGAGGCCAGUGUGUGCAAAGAGGGUCUAUCCAUGCAUUGUAUCUAUUGUACACAUUUCAAGUGCCACUGUGGUUAUGAUGCUUGGUUUGCCUGAUGCCUAGUUAUGACACUUGGAAAUAAAUAAAAUGUUAUUUAAGACAAGUAAAAAUAAAAUUUUGACAGAAACUAUUUACGUUGAGUAUUUUGAAAUGUGGCUACGGUUGAUUUUCAAGAGCAGUAACUAUGAAAAUAGAGGCACAGUAACAAGAAAAAGAAGCAGCAAAUGGGGGGGCGGAGAGGGGAAUGCUGGAGGGCAGACAAACACAACACAUGAAAUCAAUAAGAUAAAACUAAAUAGCUGAAAGAGAUCAUGGAAGUUACUAAGGCAUGAAUAAAGUUGACCCAAAAUGCCUUCAUUCAGUGUAAUGAUAGGAAAACUUGUCUAUGGAAUUGAUACUCCCCACAGUUAUAAGGGCCAAACUAGAUGUGAUAUUAAAUGUGGCUUUGCACUUAAUAUGCAGGGUUUUGUUUUUUGUUUUUAAAGCAAAUCACAUCUGCUGGGGACAAAAGUCAUCAUUAAUGAGUUUGCAUCAGGCAUGAUAUUUACAUUGUUGCUAAUGCAGUGUUUUCUCCCCAUACAAAUACCCAGUUCAGAGGAGAUGUUUUCCUCAGGCCCACAUCACUGGUGGAAAGGCAGGAGCAACAAAGUGUGACAGCCAAAGACAGCUGACAAAGAAUAGAAUUGAGGGGUUUAGCUAGGGCUACAGUGAUCCACACCUUCAGUAUUCUUAUUGGCUGAGUCUGGUGAAAGAUACUGGGCUUUGGCUAUCAAAGAAAAUAGGUUGCUUAAAGUUGGCUCCCAAAUAAAAAGUGCCUUUCCCGCCACAAAUUCUUAUGCUACCUCAACAGACUCCCAUAUGAACACACAAGGCAGCAGUGAAAAUACUGCAUGCUGAGUUGCUUGAAGUUUCCAAACUUUUAUAUAAUUGUUUGGGUUUUCUUGAUUUGUACCUUCUGUACUGUAUUAUAGGAGAAACACAGUGUCCCACCCCACUUUCUGAGAAUAAAGAGUGGCUCAGAUUUUAGGGUAUUUACAUAGUACAGUUGUGUGUUUUUACUUUGGGUAUAUUAAUAUGGUUUAAUUGUCAGACUUCUCUUAAAUGACAGUUAUCUAGUUACUUUCAGCUUUUUGUCUAAGGAGGCGACUGGUAGGGGGCAGUAACAAAGAGGUGCAGAAGGAGGCAUUAUUAUUAUUGUUUCAUUUUAUAUCCCCCUUCCUCCUAAAGGAGCUGUGGAAAGUGGAGGUUUCUAUUGUUUGUGUAGAAGUGCAGAAAGAAGUAAGAAACAACAGCAUGAAUGUUUAAAUUCUAAUAACACUCUGAUACAGAAGUAGAGUGUGAGGUGAAAGGUAGGAUAUUGUGAUAUUUUGCUUAGAUUAAACUGAUUUGUUGUGGAAGUUCAAUAUAGCAUGGAGGUUUAUUGAGCGCACUCCAGCAGCUCACCUAUGGUUUGUUUACUGCCAGCAUAAUGGGAAGUCAUGUACUGUUUGCUUACAAACCUUGGCUAUUCUUACUAUGACUUAGCAUUGCAUGUGAAUCCAGCAUCGACCUCAAACUCUCACCAAAGUACAAAGGCACAAGGCAAGAGCAGCUGGGAAACAAAUCAAAGUUUGGAGAAACAAUCCAUGAAUGUCUGAGGGAGCAACUAAUGGUUAACGUGUCUUAGUGUUUUGUGUGAACCAGGCCUUUUUGUUUUGCACUUGGAGAAUCUAAUCUUACAAAACAAGACAUCACAAUGGGGAAUCACUGAGGUUGUUAUAGCCACCAACAUCACGAUAAAUACUCUUUUAUCCUGUUAAGGAGAGAAUGGGCAACUGUUUUACUGACAUGAGGUGGAUAUAGUGGCAUGAGAAAGGGAAAGAAGGUCUGAAAUUGUGGUACAAGGGAAUGAAAUAUUUCCUUUCUUCCUAUCCCCCAAAUACUGACCUUGCUCAGGAAAUUUGAUUACCCUUCUGCAAGCAUGAUAAUAAAUUUGUUGUACAUCAUGUGAAACAUUCUUUUAAUUUUACUGUUCUACUUUAAGUUGUUGUAAUUCAGUCUCUGAAGAUGGUGAUACUAUUUUAUACCUGUAUGAUGCCAUUCAGGAGGAUUGCAGGCAGUGUUAAGGUGUUGCAAUAAAACCCUUUUGCAGGGGAACAUUUCUUCGGUGGUGGUGGUGAAUUAUUUCCAAGGAUACCACAGUAUUUUCUGAGCCUGCCUUUAUUCAGACUAUCCUGGCUACACUUCUGAAUCCUAACUAGAAAAAUAAUGAUUGUUCAUUGACACUGUCACAAAAAAAGAUACUUUCUCCUCUCCCAAUUUAUCCCAUGUAAGUGAAGACAGAUAUUGCAUAAAACAAAACAGGAGUGAGAAAACUGUGGCCUUCCAUAAGAAUAUAAGAAGAGCCUGCUGGAUCUGACUAUUGGCCCAUCUAGUCCAGCAUCCCGUUCCCAUAAUGGCUGACCAGAUGCCUAUGGGAAACCCACAAGCAGGACCUAAGCAUAACAGCACUCUUCCCUCCUAUGAUUUCCAGCCAUUGGUAUUCAGACGCAUUCAGCCUCUGACAGUGAAGGUAGGGCUUGUAGCCAGUGACAACCGUAUCCUCCAUGAUUUGUCUAAUCCUCUUUUAAAGCCAUUCAAGCUGAUGGCCAUCACAGUCCAGAUGUUGUUGGCCUCUAACUUCCAUCACCCCAACCUUUGGCCAUGCUAGUUCUCCAUUUCUCGGCUUAAAGCAUUUGUGGCUAUCCAAAAGAAUUAACUAGGUUUGCAUCAGUUUUUUGAAAUAGCUGCCAUAGAUUAUCAUGUCUUAUUUUCAGUUCCAUACAGCGGGGGAAAAACAUUUUCUCAUUCUAGGAAAGAACUGAAGCAUCAUAAGUACACUUUCAUUGAACUUAUGUUUCUUAGUGUUAUUAUACUUUAGAUUCAACCACUUAGCAAGAAAAUGUAUUUACCCAAGAAAUCAUCUUCUGCUGAAACAUAGAAGAUCAAUAGAAAUAGUUCUAAAAAUUAUAUUUUGGUCUGGUACUAAAGCAGCAUUAUAUUUUAAAUUGCAAAGGUUUGUAUACUCUAGUGUGCUGGAAAGUCUGACAAGUGAUGUAAUAACUACUAUGUUCAACUGUGAAAAUCACACUGGGUAGUGAUGUACAGAAUCAGGCUGUGACUGCAUUUUAAAACAGAUCAGACCUAUGUAAGUCAUCACCCCCUUUUUUUAAUCAGCAAAAUAUUUUCUUCACAUAACCAGCAGAUAUAUUUUUUUAAGUCACUGGCAAUGGAAUCCUAUGCAUGUCUAAUUUCCCACUGGGUUCAGUGGGGCUUACUGACAGGUCAGGAUUCCAGCCCAAAUACUAAUUUCCUGGAUGAUCUUACCAUAUGUUGGUGUUUGGGUAAACUAUUUCCCUGCACAAAAAACUAAAGGGAAAACUCAUCUCAGAAAAGUCCCAUCAUAUGUUAAACACAAUGUCUCUGCCCAAUUAAAGGGGCAGUAGACCCAUGCAGCAGUACCUGCGCUUUAGGGUCGGAUUGCUCCCGGUCUGUAAAGAUCCAAACAUGUAGAUGUGAACUGGGGAACUGAAUGUGGUCUGUGGGCCAGAACCUUAUCUUUCCUAUCCCCUGUGGCUUGACAGGUGGCUGUGUUUGCCCAACUAUCCAUCAUAAUGAUGUCCCAUGAUAACCUGUUUAUGUCUGCAUCAGUGAUCAGCUGGUUGUUGUGGAACACUGUUCAAGUCCCUUUGGCCCAGAAGCAUCUUCACUUACUCCACACAUUAAAUUACAUGUGAUACCAUGUAUAGGGCAGGUGGGCACAGUAUGGCCAAAGCAGAUUCAUGGGCCAACUGGGUCGGCUAAUUAGACCCAUUGGUCAAAAUUUUCCAUUUAAUGUGUGGAUAUCAGGGACAAAGCCAAGGAGCUGUGCAACCCUAGGGGUGUGAACAACACAGACCUGCUGCCCUGUUAAUUCACAUGGGCCUUUUCACAAAAGGGUCAUAGUGUCUUACGCUAAGGAAUGGCCAUCUGAGCGAGUCCUUUAUGUACACAGCUUCUAAACAUUAGUGGCUUCAAUCUGCUUCAUAGCACAAAGACAGAUUUAUAUAUUUCUUGCAUUGGGAUUGCCUACAUGUUUAGAGAGUUAUCAGUGACAUCAAUGAGAAUCUGCAUUUCUGAAGUUUGAAACAAGUUCUUGUAAAUAUUUGUAAAGCAGACAGUUUGCUUUGUAGGGCUCUGAUGCUUCAGUGUGGUCAAAAUGUAGCUAUUAAAACCACUUGUUCUGAAAUUUUAAAUCCAGGAUUGUAAGCUCACUGUGUAUGGAUGUAACAAACUUCUGUUUAAUCUGCUUUAACAUAAUGAAGAGUGCGUUAUUGAGUUCCUGCUGAACCCUUGGGAAGACUGUUGGCUUCACCACAAACUCCCAUUAUAUUGCAAUACCACCAUUCAGCCCAUUUAGGAAGCUUAUCAGAUGUACAGUUAGUUGUGAUCUUAUUGUAUAAUGAAAUAAAUGGAACAAGAGUCUAUUGCUGUACAUUCAAUACUUAACUUUCAUCCGAUAACCUACAUAACUUUGUGCUAAAAAUAUAUUGGUCCAAAUACAGAGAAUUCCGUGCUUAUGACUUGUUGAAAUCAAUAGGACAAGUUCGUUGUGACUAAUUUAGGUCCCAUUAAUAACUGGAUCAUAAUUUCUUUGGAUUUGUAUAAAAAUGAAUUAGUUCUACCUUUUUAAUUCAUCUAUCUUACAUGGCUGUUGUGAGUAUAAAUGAUAACAGCAGUUGCAGAGCAGUUCCUGUUAGCGAUUACCGUACAUGCAUUUGAAGACUUCCCAGAAGGUUCAGUUGGUGCAAAACAGCUGUUAGAGUGCAGACUUGAAACUGGGUAUUUGGAACAGAUCUUGCCAGUCUUAAAUAACAGUAUUGGCUCCCAGUCUACUUCAAGACACCAUUCAGAGUGCUGGUUCUUACAUUUAAAGGCUACAAGGACUGUCUUGUGCCAGGACACUGAAAUCUUUUCAUGAGACUCUCCUUUGAGUGCAUCUGCCAUGAGAGAUGAAGCAGAUAGUGACCUAGAACCAGUACCUUUUUUACGUUUUAGAGCUCUCUCCCCAGAUAGACUUUCCUCAUGUCAAGUUUGAUGUCAUUUCAGAGUCAGGUGUAACAUUUUUCUUUGCUCAGGCAUUUUCCAUAUUGUAGUUUUCUCUUGCAUUUCAACCGAGCUGUCACUAAUUUAUUUCAAAAGCUGUUUUAUACUCUGCAGUUUUAAUGUUGUUUUAUUGUAUUUUUAAAUCUUUCAUUAUCUGCUCCAAGGUUCCCUAGCUGAAGAACAAGGAAAAAAUAAAUUAAAAGAAUAAAAGAAGGUUAAUUGUGACAUAAGCUAGAUCUGUUCUGUCUGAGCCAGCAAUCCAGAUACUUUCCAUAGUUAGGAGUGGUAUGCAUGAUACAUUCUUGUGUAUUACCAGUAACUCAUUGUACUGCCACAAAACUACAAAAAAGAGCCUGUAAGUCCACAAAGGGACACAGUUUGAAGAUAGUUUAAAUCAGCUGCCACAGGAAAAGUGGCCUGCAUGCAGUGACCUUACUCAGUAUACAUUUCAUAUAUAUUGCAUUCCUGUGCUACUGUAGACCUAUUUUGCCAGUCAGUUAUGAGGCAGGAGAGCAGGGUCAUUUUCACUAAAUGCACCCCUACCAUUAUGACUCAGGCAGGCCCCUCCCCAAUGCUAGCUAGAGACUGGGGACAAUGUGUUGUUUCCAACACUGUCCAUGAAGGUUAGGAGUACAGUGAUUUGACUGAGGACUUUUCUUCCAAGCAGGUGUGAAAAAGUCCAUUUCAUUCAAUGGGAUACUAGAGAAUUGACUCUUAAGCAAAGGUAUACUGAUUAAUCAUUUAUCCGUGAACUGGCUAUCACCAAUUCACCAUAUGUCCCUCCUACCAUGAUUUCAUUCAAUAUGCUUUUCUUUCUUUUCUUUUCUUUUUUGAGUGGGGGAGUUGGGGGAUCUGUAUCUGUUUAUGUAAGACUAUCACAUGUCAAAGGUAGUGGCUUGUUUCUUUCUAUUUAAAACUUGUAUUCAUGUAUUAACAGUGUGGUAUUGAUAUACUGUAAUGUGUUAGGCAAUUUUCUCCACUCCAGUUGUAAUAAAAAUUGACCACAAUGAAUGUAUCACUAUGCAAUUAUCCACACUUCCAUUACAGCUUCACAUAUAGAAUUAAGUUAAAUCUUAUGCAUGGCUCAUUUUCAUACCUUUUAGAUACUCUUGCCCAGCCCCCCCCCCCCCAAUCCUAAAGUGAUUACAGACUAAGCACCCAGGGUUUGAGGUCACAAGAGACACCCUACUUGCUUUUGGUUAUGCUGCCCUGCUGCAGACUUCCUCCCAAACAUUUGGAUAGUGUUGGGGAAGUGGCUGGUGCAGGGUGCCUCAUGUGAUGUUAAUCAUACAUAACUUGAACAUCCAAAUAGCACUUGUUUGAACCAAAGAAAGUUUUGUUGAAUUCUUUCAUAAGCCUUCAAUUACCAUAUUUUUCGCUCUAUAAGAUGCACCAGACCACAAGAUGCACCUAGUUUUUGGAGAAGGAAAACAAGAAAAAAAAAUAUUCUGAAUCUCAGAAGCUAGAACAGCAAGAGGGAUCGCUGCGCAGUGAAAGCAGCAAUUCCUCUUGUUGUUCUGGCUUCUGGGAUAGCUGUGCAGCCUGCAUUCACUCCACAAGACGCACAUACAUUUCCCCUUGCUUUUUAGGAGGGAAAAAGUGAGUCUUAUAGAGCAAAAAAUAUGGUACUUACAUCUCUCUGUUUAACAGUACAGUACUGUUCUGUUCUGGUGUGUUGAGUGUUUUGGUUUUGGGGGGGGGGUUGCAUAAAACAUUCCACUACCUACAGUUCUCUUUCUAAAGUAAAAUAAAUAUUAUACACAUGUGUGACAGAAUUUGCUCUUAAAUUUGAGAGCAGCUCUACCCUUGCCUCAGCUCUUGCUACAUUUCAUUAGCUUGAAGAGCCUUUAGAACUCUUGCAUUAAGAAAUUCUAAAUUAGCUGGGGGAUUUUAAUUCACCACACUCAUUAAAUUGGCUUUGAAAAUCUCAGCCCAAGAUUAUUUGGUGUAUUGUGUUUAACCUGAUUUUGUGCCAUCAAUUAUAUAACAUAAUGCCCUAUUUCUUUUGCCGAGAAGUCCUGUUUUAAAAUUAAUACAACUGUGGGAUUGGAGAGCGUGCAAACUAAGUUCCCAAAGUUAUACAGUAUAAAAAAACUUUUGUCUACACAAAGCACAAAAUCCUGUAGUCUAAUUUGUUGCAAAUUAUUGUCCUUACCUAGUCUCACCAAAUACAUUUUUCUGUGUGAGGCAAAGAAGCCAGUGGUGUCCUGUCCUAAGUCAUCCUAGGAAGAAAACCCCCUAUACUUAAAAAAUAAAAUAAAAUUAUAAGUACGUCCAAGGUGGUCUGCGGUCCUCCCUGACAUUUUUUCUUUCUUUUAAAGACCAUUUAGCAAGUGGUCUUCCUGCACUCAUUGAACACAUUUCACUAAAAAGCUACUGGAAGAUGUAGUAUGGUAUGACAGAGCACCCCUUCCUGGGUAGUUAACAAGAGAAAAAGAUGACUGCCCCCAAUGUACACAUGGGGGCAGCUAUAUUUUAAUCUGUGUGUGAGUGAUCAUAAAAUCAUAGAGUUGGAAGGGACCCUGAGGCCAUCUAGUUCAGCCCCUAGUGCAGGAAUCUCAACUAAGAUCAUUGACCUAUCUAGUGCAGUAUUGAUGCUGCUGACUGGCUGUAGAUCUCCAAGAGUUCAAGCAAGAGACUUUUCCAUCUCGACCUGGAGAAUGUGGGACCUUUUGCAUGGAAAGCAUGUGCUCUGCCAGUGAGCUACAGUCCUUCCCACCACCAGGUUCCAACUGCAGGGACUGAAAGAAUGGAUUCAGUUCCCCUGUGCUGCUAUUUUCUUGCAAAAUAGCUCACUAAUGAUAUUUUAUAUUAUAAAUGGUCUCCACAUACUGUUGAACUGUGGUCCUGAAUACCUGUGUUUUAAGAUUAGCCGCUGGGGCUCUUCUUUGCAUUCCACUGUUAGAGGAGGUUCAUUUGGUGGUGAAACAAGAUGGAUUUUUCUCUGUGGGAUGCCCUCCCCUUGCACGUUGUCUGACAUGGUUGUCAUUUUCGUGCCAAGUGAAGUAGUUCCUAUUUUUAAGUUUUGAAUGUGUCCGUUUUAGCCUUCUCUGUUUAGCUGACUUGAACUUUGCUUGCUUGUGUUUUUUUUAUGUUGUAUCCUACCCUGAUAUUUGUGCCAAUGAAUAACAGGCUAUAAAUCUUUAAAAUAAAUAUAAAUUGUAGCCUGGACAAGUAUAUCUGAAACAAUAGAAUUGUUUUCAAUCAGAAGUAUCAUUUGUUUUGGUGUAUUCAUGUUACACCCAUCAUUCAAAUGCACCUUAGGAUUAUUGGGCCAUUAAUAGCUCUAGCUAACUAACUGUUGAAAUUCAAGUGCGUUCGUAGGUGCCAGCUCCCUGGGGCCCUGGGUGCCCAAGCACCCACAAAAUUCCCCAGGGGCCAGGCAUGGAAAAGGUUUGGUGUCAGGGCCAUGCAUGCUGCCUGGCACCCACAGCCCUGGGCACCCAUGAUCACAAAGCCAAGCUGGCACUCCUGAGUGUGUUAAUUUGCAGAUAGCCCUCUGAUGGUUUCACUAUGAAUUUUUCCAUUCUACUUUAGUCAUAUCAAGUUUUAUUGAGCUCCUCACUAUUGUAAACCUUUUAUAACUAAAGCUACAGUUCUGUCACACUUCCCUGGGAGAAAACAUACAUAGGAUUGUGCUGUAAAUUAAGGGAGGGGAAUCCCAUUAACUGCUAUAGGAAAGUGGUGAAGAGAUAAAUGGUCAAUAUUAUAAGCACUCGAUAUCUGCAUUACACAGAAUCUUGCAGUUUUUCCUUUAGUAGCUAAAAUAGAAUACAUACAGAUAGCAGCUUUAAUCUGACUAAGAGAACUGUCCUGAAAAGCUAUUUUUAAAAGUCUGAAUGCAAUUGUAUUUUCUGUUAUGAAUAACACCUUUUUGUGUUUACUGGAGUCUUGGUUUGUUUUUGCAUUUUACAUAGACAUCCUUUUUAUAUGAGUUACUAUCUAGUUUUCAAUUAUUUGUGUUUCCUUCUCUCUGCAGACUGGCAGAUCGCUACACUUUCUAUGCUGUUGGGUGGUGCCGCCAUAAUUCUUAUAGCUUUCUUGGUUGGAUUAAUUUCUAUCUGUGUGGGAUCCCGGAGGCGGUUCUACAGACCAGUUGCUGUCAUGCUGUUUGCAGCAGGUAAAUCAAAUAGAUUGGUUCUCUGAAGUAUGCUAGAAUUUCCUAGCUGUAGUUUUACGUUUGUGCAGAAAAGAGUGACUCAUUGUGCACUGUAAGCCAAUAAUCAGAUCAUUGCCCAAGGUUAUUUCAGAAGUUCUUGAUUAUACAGCAUGAUCAACCUUUGCUUACAUGACAAGGAAUCUCUAGCACCAAUGGCCAAAUCAUUCACAGCUAAGCAUUCAUGUGCAGUAAUUGAUGCCUUAACCAACCUGUCUUGCAUUCUGAAGCAUUAUCAUGCUAUUUUUUAAAUCCCUUAUUUCUCAUUUGAAAAUUCAAGAAUAUCAAGUGAUCCGGGGGUUCUUUACAUAGACUGGGCUUUUUCAAUUUUUUUCAUUCCCUGAUAUGUGAAAAUAGUCAUGAGAUUGAUGUGAUUUAAAGGGUUAUUAUCAGAGUGUCAGUUCAUUCUUAUCAAAUUCUUCCAUUCCAUUCUUCCAUUCUUCCAUGUACCUUCCAUUCCAUAGGUACAUACCUAUGUGGUGAAAAUCUGUCGCAAACCAAGUUGAACAUGUGGAGAUUUGUAAUCCUAGCUGCACUUUUUUUACUGUACUUAUGAAUAUGGAGACAACUGCUCAUUCCCCAUGUUUGCACUGCAAUUCAUUGUAGGCUGUCUCUACUGAAUAAUAAUAAUAAUAAUAAUAAUAAUAAUAAUAAUAAUAAUAAUUGUACCCUGCCCAUCUGGCUGGGUUUCCUGAGCCUUUCCCUCCCUUAUUAUUAUUACCUGUAUUUUAAAAUAUAUCUUUUUUAAUGUUUUAAUUCUAUUAGUGUUUAACUGCUUUUUAAAUUACUAUCUUUUCUGUUUUUACUUUUUCUAUUUUAUCUGUAAGCCACCUUGAGUCCCGGUCGGGGGGGAAGGUGUGAUAUUAAUAACAAUAAUCUACAGUAUGAAGAAUCCAUGAACAGGACUGUAUGGAGCUUUCAACUAUUCAACAACCCACAGUCCAGCUACCUGAGCAAAUGAACUCUAUAUGCUGUUGUAUGACAGAGGUGCAUUACUUUUACAAGAAGCCUAUUGGUAUUUAACCUAGUAGUGUUGCAGUUUUGAAAUUUAAUAUAGGGUAAUCAUCACUGUCCACAUUCCAGGCCUUUGUAAGGACAGAGCCAUUAAUAGUGCAAAUUAUUUAUGUUUAAGUGAUAGUAAAUCCCACUAUGUUUAAUGAAAAAGUUGCAGCCUAUAUGCAGCAACUUUUGAUGGUGUUGAUGGUUUCUUUCUUUCUUUCUUUCUUUCUUUCUUUCUUUCUUUCCUUCCUUCCUUCCUUCUUUCUUUCUUUCUUUCCUUCUUUCUUUCAGCUUAAUGCUAUUCUUUUCAAAUAUUUGAUUGUAAAAGUCCCUUAAGUACUAGCUCUCAAAACCAUCUGUAUGAAAUAAAUAGGAUUAAACUGAAAGGUGUUUAUAUCUUCCCCAUGCUUCACAGGAAGAAUCAAUUUCAUUGUGUCAGAUUUACUUUUUGUAACAGCCAUCACAUUGUAAAGCCUAUAUUUUAUUUUGCAAAGCUUCAAAGGAAAGAAUUUGUGCUCAGAAAUACUUUUAAGAAAGACCCACAUAAACAGAUCAGCCCAAAGGAUAAUGCAGUGCAUACUAUCUGCAUUGAAAUCACCACUUGGUAUGCACUUCAGUGUCCUUUGGGUUAGCCAGUAACAGUUUUUUCUCCCUGAAGUUUUCCAGGCACAGCAUCCCUCCAUUCUGUCAAUCAUAUCUGUGCUGGAACUGAAACAGUAAGCCUGUAUGAUAUCCCAUAAUGGAGAGAAUGACAAGGCCAUCUUCUCUGCUAGAUGGAUUUUAAAAAUCCAUUUACAAGGAGGUGGAAAGAUAGGUCCUUAGUAUUUCAAGAAUUGAAACAGUGAUAAGGGGAAGUAUCCUACUGCCCCCUGCUGUUUCCAUUAUUUUAGUUAAACCACUUUAGUUUAGCAGAGGGCACAGGAGUUUAGGCUACCAGAAUUCUAUAUCUCAAUGAGUCGUCAAAGAAAUUAGCAAAAUAGAUUCAUGAAAUAUAUUGGUUUUAUCUAGCAUAAUUGAUGCAGUGCUGGCAACAGAAUGGUUUACUAAAAAUGAGUUUUAAAUUGCUUAUUUUUUCAAAAAAAAAAUGUCUUCCAGGCUUCCUUUUUCUAUUAUUAUUUUUUCUAGCCACUUCUAGUUGUUGUCUUCUGUGUAAUUCCACAACAAUAUGGAAGCCACUAGAUCUCAGCCUAGAUGAACAAAUUAAAUUCAAUAUAAAACACAUGGGCCAGAUUCAACCAAUUAGCUGCGCUUGCAAUAGCCAGCACAAGGAGUCCCACUAACGCACCAGGGCUUCCCCCUCUCAUCCCUAAACUCCCUGCUCCGCCAUCAGCUCUGGGGGGAUGGGAGAACCCCUAGGGCAGCACAAGGCAGGGGAAAAUAAUGCUCUAUUUGGCCAGAAGAAAUGUUUGUGCUCCGGUUGUUGCAAUGCCAACUUCUCUCUGCCCCCAGCAUGCAAUACAGCACAUUUGAGAACACAAGAUUCCCAUACAAUCAAAAUAGCACUUUAAACAUGCUAUAAAACUUAAACCACACUCAAACAAAACAGCAAAAGAACAUACACAUAAAUUAACAAUUUGGUGGAGUGAAGAUGUUCCCAAAAAGGAUACAAUGAAAGACAACUGACAAAGGACAUUUCUCCACUACAGAAUCCUGCUUUAGUUGCCCAAGUAUGCAUCAUAUAACAGGGAUGACUCAUUAGAAGAUCUUGAUGUUUGUUUGGGAAUUGUGGGGCAAGGCACUCAAAAUUUGUUUGGAAUGACAUGAGAGAAGGCACUUGCUGGCUCAGUGCUCAGUGCCAGUGCUCAGACCAUUUAAACCAGUGGCUUGAGUUGAGUCCAGAAACUAACAGGUGAUUCAUGAAGAUGUGUUAAAUGAGAUGCAGCCUGCACCUAACAAUAGUCAGGCAUUCUAUACCAAUUGAACCAAGUUUUGAUUAUUGAUUGAUUGAUUAUAUAUUAAGUAUUAUAGCAAUUAUGAUAUAUAUAUAGAGAGAGAGAGAGAGAGAGAGAGAGAGCGAGCAUACAAAAAAGCAGCAACUGACAACUUAAAGAAGUUGCAUUAUUAAAAAGUUACUAAUAUAUAUACACAAUAUCAAUUCAUUUUGCUUCUCUCUCUCACACACACACACACCCCUCAGCCUCCAGGUUCUCACCCAGGGUCCAACAAACUCUCAGCUCAGUUAUCUUGACUGUUUCGAUCGGCAGAAUUGGCACUACUACAAGUGCCACUUAAUACCCAUUCCGCAUUUGCAAGAACUCUGCAGUUGUUCAGCAACCACCCACUCAAGUAUCAAGUAUUGUAUGCCUGCCUAUAAUUGGCAAGAGCUGCAGGAUCCAAAGACAGGGACUAUACCACUGUUCCUUUCAAGUCAACAGGGGUCCAAAUCCAGACCAAGGCUGCUAACCUUUCAUGGUUAUCUGUUACAAGCCAAGAAGAAAAAGGAUAAAGCAGGCAUGGAUUCUGUGGAACAGAUGUUGAGAGGAGCGGGAGAAGUGAUUUGCUCCAAUGUUUAAAGGAGAAGGAGGGUGGCUCCUUCUUUGCAAAAAAAAAGACCUGAGAUGUUAAUACAGGAGCACAGGGGUUGUCUUAAAGCCUGCACAAGUCUUCCCAUUCUCACUUUGAACUCUCUAAUGUCAGGGGUUAAAAGGGAGCUACGGAGAUUGCAAAGCCAUACAAGGGAUUUUGACAGGUGGGCAGCCCUGCCCAUCUAUUGAAUUUGGCCUGCGAGGCCAAUCCUGAUAAGGAUCUGGCCUGUGGAGCCAAAAAGAUCCUUCACCCCUCAGCGGCAGAGGAAGCCGCUCAGGCGCCUGGGGCAGUAUGCCCAGGGGUGGGGCGAGCCACCCAUAGAGGUGGGGUGCACCGCGGGGCCUCCGGAGACUGCCUGCCUCCUCCCACUCUGCUGCCCUACAGCGGGGGGGGGGCAGUGGGCGGACCGUUUGGGCAGCGUGAAGCCUGCACACGCCCAAGCUACCACAUCUCUCCCAGGAGAGUGCCACCCAGGAUUUUGUCACCCCCCUCAGUGGUGACACCCGGGGCAGACCGCACCCACUGCAUCCCCUUCCUCUGCCCCUGCCCCCUCUGCAUUACAGGGUUAGAGAGGGCUUCCUGGCAUAAUCUAAUGCACACUUGGUACCUUUGCCAUAGGAUCUAAUUCAUAAUUGUAACCAUAGUAAUGUCAGCUGACAUUUAUCAUCCACAUCCAGAUCCAAUGCUCUACGUAUGGCAUCUUAUUACUACUUGUGCAGGUACACAGACUUUGUUUAACUUUUGUCUUUCAGACAGUUACAUAGACCUGAUAAAAUUUUGACUGCACAACUUUGCUUUGGUAAUAAUCAGUGACAUCAAGGCUAUUUCUUAUUGAGUACUUACUGUUCAAAACAAAUAUUUGAAUGUUACAAAUUAUUAGGAAGCUUUAUUGCACUGUGUGGAAGGUAUGAAUAUGGCUGUGUCAGGAAUGUAAGAUAUUAAUUGGAGGUUAUAUGUAUUUUUAAUGUGCAAUUCCAAAUGAAUUUUGUUGUAAUUAGUUGAUAAAUGAUAUUCUUUAUUACAUUGAGUCAUAUAAUUAUAAAUGAGCUUUCCUAAAUUAUCUAUCUUCAUCAUCCCCUACUUUAUUUUUCCCACUCUUUUAUGAUCUAUUUAUAGAAGCCAUUAGCUUAGUCACCUGUGUUCUUCUGUUAUUGCAAAGAAAGUCUGAUUUGCAGUAAAGGGAAAAAGAUAAUUGAUAUGGCUUAUUCUUCAGAACCCUGAAAUAUCAGGCCAUUGCCCUGUUCCAGAAAUAUGUGUCUAUAUACAUAGGAUUAUAUUUAGAUUGCCAUAUUCUCUGUGGGCUAAAUAUAGUACGUUACAGUAGUCUAACCUGAAGGUUACCAGAGCGUGGACUCAAUAAGUUUUAGAUUAAAUAUAUUUUACAUGGACUGCACAUUCCACCAGGAAUGCUGUACAAGGUUUAUUGAAACAAAUGCUGUUUUAUGUGAAAUGAAAUGACUGCCACUGUGCUUUUGUGCUAGUUCUGUCAUUUCAACAGGACUUGUUUCAGAGAAUUUCCAAUAGCAUUAUGCCCAUAAAUUGGAAGCUAAAUUCAGGUUUAGAAACAUCAGCAGCUACAGCGCUUACUGGAUCAUAUCAGUUCACCUGGAAGAUGAAGGAAACCAUAGCUGAAUGUUUUCUCUCCUUAUACACAUAACACUUUAAAGGAAGAUUUAUGAGCCAUAAGUGGUUCUUUUCUUUUUCUAGUACUUUUUAAUUGCUGUCGGGAUACUAUUUCUAUGGCUAUUUGUUUCACCUUCUUCCUCCUGUUGUUUUAUAAUGUUUAUUGCUGUUUAACAACAGUUUGUAAAACUAAGUUACAGUUGUAGCUUACGUCGUUAGCCCCCUUGAGCUUGUUGAGGAAAGACAGGAUAUAAGCAUUUUUAAUAAAGCAAACAAAUGACUAAAGAAUCCCACCUUGUCCAGGUUGGGAGCCAGUGAAGUGCACAGAUUGGCACAGAGUGCCUUCCAUCUGCUGGUGGCCCAGCUAAACCCCUGUCUGGACAAGGAUAGCCUAACUUCUGUUAUCUACCCCCCAGGAACUUCUAGGUUAGAUUACUGCAAUGCAUUAUAUGUGGUGCUGCCUGUGAAAAUGGAUCAGAAACUUCAGCUGGUGCAGAAUUCAGUGACCAGGUUGCUCACCAGGGAAAGGCGGUUUGAGCACAUAACACCAACCCUGGUCUGACUGCACCGGCUGCCAAUUUAUUCCCAAGCCAAUUCAAAGUACUAGAACCAUGCAGCUGCCCUAAAUAAAUCAGGAGUAUGCUACUGACAGGGUUCUAACCUUUUCUAUUUCUCAGAAGUGUUGUGUGUUUUUUUAAAGAAAGUUUCAUGCCAAGAUUGUUCUCAUAUCAAGAUUGCACUUUGAAAGUGGUACAGUUCAGGCAGGAAAUCAAGAUUGCAUUUCUAAAUGCAGGCGACUCUCCACUUAAUGUGGGAGUUCCGUUCUGGAAACCUGCGUCCCCUUUAAACACCCUAUUGCUCCAAUCCAGACCAACCAGAAUUGAAGCUCUGCGCCUGGCUGAAGGCUGGAGGAUGAGUGGAAAAGCAGCAGCUACUGCUGCUGCUGCUGUUUUACCGCACACACCAGCUGUUAGGCAGGGAGACUGAGCAGCCUAAAAAAACCCCUGCUGCGCCUCCGGUCUCUUCAGGGCUUCAUCCACCCUUUUGACAGCCUCUUCAGGCUCCAGGGAGGGUCUCUUCAUGAGCCACGAGGACUCUCUAACUCUGUCCAGCCAUUUCCAGGUUUGAAUUGAAUUACUGGUAUUUAUUUAUUUCCUGGCACACACAUAUACAUGGUUGCACAUGAGCCAAAUGUGCGUUAAGUUGUCAGUUGCCUGUAUGUAGUAUGCUCUUAGCGUACACCAAAAACUCCACCAAAGUAUUAGUGAUUUAGCAUUUUAUUUAUUCUAAGAAAAUGGAUGAAGCCUCAUAUUUGACCUUUCCCCCCUUUUCUUUUUUCCCCAGUGGUUCUUCAGGUGUGCAGUCUCGUCCUGUAUCCAAUCAAGUUCAUCGAAACAGUCAAUUUGAGAAUAUACCAUGAGUUCAACUGGGGCUAUGGACUAGCUUGGGGUGCAACUAUAUUUUCAUUUGGGGGUGCCAUACUGUAUUGCCUAAACCCUAAGAACUAUGAAGACUACUAUUAAAGGGAGCUACUUUAAAAAGCAGCAGCAGAAGAAGAAAUAACACAAGGAUUGUCCUGUUUUUUCUAACUCUGUGUUUUUAGAAGUUUUGUAGAUUGUCCAGCAGUCUGCCCUGUUGAUUUAUCAGCCUUUACUUUGGGCUACAACUCUUGCAAUUAACUUUUUUAACACCCCUUUAAAAGAAUGGCAAAAAUUACACCUGUUCAUCAGUACAUUGGCAAAUGCUAUAAGCUACUGAUACAUUACCUUUGGUAAGCAAAGAUGUACCACUCGAGGACGAAGAUGGCAGCAGUCGUCAUGAGAAACAAGCUGGAAUGAAAAUAUGGCACCUGCAUUUGCUGUCGCCUGCAAGGGAGUAGCUGGCCUAAGUAGACGCUCCUUUGUAUUAUACAUGAUUCAAAUUCUCUGUUGAUCACUGAGUUACACCACUAUGUUGUAUUGGUGCAUUGGGACUUUUGCUGAAACAAACUUCUAAAUGAUUGGAUGCUGAGAAAAGCGAACAUAGUUGAAAGUACAUAUUAAUCUGCUAUUUCCUGACAACACAAGUUUGUACAUUUGGCGAUCCACAUUUUCCAGCCAGCUGUGGUAUCAGGAAGUCAAAACUUGGAGUGCAUUCUUCUAAUUAUGUGGUUGGACUUUGUGUCUCGGCUGUAACCAAGUAUAAGCAGAGAAGGACACUGAAUCUGUUGACUCCCGUGAGAGAAUAAAAAGAAGAGAAUACAUGCAUGAGAUGUGCUAGUCCUGACCAUCUUUUGAUUUCCAAACACUGCAGUAAGGUUUCCAUAAGGGACAACUAUUUUUAUAGAAGGCGUUUAUUGGUAUUACUAUCAAGAGAGAACAUAGGUCAGCUCAACCUAUUCCUAACAGCGGGCUGAAACAGUAAAGGUUCGAAAUGAAUCUAGAUUUUCAAGAACUGUUUCUGAAUAUUGAGUAGUCUUCAAAAUAUUUUAAUGAAUGCUUUCCCAUAUGAAUUUCUUCUCAAAAUGCUUGAUUUAAAGCUUGAUGUGCCAGAUUAGGAUGGGGUGAACCAAGUGCUUGCAAAGUUAGAAAACAUGGCGUUGGCUUCAUUUAGAUGAUGAAGCUGGAUUCAACUACCUGUUCUGUUAGCAGAAACCAGUGCAAGGACUCUUGCUAAUGCAACAGGACUUUCCCCAUUCUCUAGUCCCUCCUCCUCCAAAUCUAUUAUGGAGAGUUGGGAGAACCCCCAGAACAGCACGUGAUGGGAGAUUGUCCUAUCAGAAAAGCAGAAAUGUUUGCACUGAUGGAACAAACUCUUUAGCACUACAUGGAAUUCUACCCAUGGUUUAUUAUAACAGGAAUGAGCAUAGGCAACCCUCAGACUUGUGGGAGACCCCCAUGCCCUCUCCUCUUCUGGUUCAGAACCAUGAAGUGGUUUAAAAUCCUUUGAUAUGGCUUUUUAUUAACUGAGGUUUGUUGUCUUGUUAAAACCCAACAAAACGUACCGGUAGUUAAUCCUAAUAAUGUUUUGUUCAAAACAAGCCACCUGCAAACUGUGGAUUAUGAAGCUGGUUCAUUUCAAAAAAUCAAAGUGAUAAUUAACCACAUUUUAGGUUAGACAUAACACUAAAGUGCAGUUAAUCAAAAUAUCAGUUCAUCUGAUAUCACAGCUACACCAGAGAAGAGGGCUUCACUUUGGCUUUUUCACACCAUGAUAAACCAUGGUUAAUCAUGUCCCAAUGCAGCCAUGAUGUCUAUUUGGCAGAGGCACUAUGGUAAUGAUACAGUUAUGUAUAUAAAAAGGCCAAUGUAAUGAUAUCUUCUUUAAUAUUGUUUUAAAAUGAAAACUUCUAUAGAAGUUAAUAUGAUAUUAAGAUGGAGUAGAAGAAAAAUAUCUAAUUUCCUAAUGAUAACAAUUGGCUCAAAAACAUAUACUGAUAGGUGGGUCCCAAUGGAGGGAAGUUAUUACAGAGUUUCAUUGGUAAAUGAAAUCAUUAAAAUAAAUAAUGCUUUCUACGACACAACUAAAAGUUCCUGAAGAAGAAGAAAAAUAUACUAAUGUGGCAAAUUGCUGUUUCACUUAUAUUUUAUUUUUAAAAGUAAUCCAGUGAACAUAUGUUUUCUGUAGGAGACUAGCUGUUACGAAAAUUAUAAUUUAACAGUAUAGUAUCAGUAUCACUAUUUUCUCCUCAAAAUGUAAUGGAUUGGCUGACAAUUAUUUGCAUUUAUCUCAGCUUGUUUAAGUUAUUUCUUACUUAAAUUUUGCAGAAAAUAUAUGAAGUAUUUAAGACCCAAGAUUAAUAUCUGGGGUAGAAAAUUUAAAUUGAUUUACACAACAUAACAUUUAUUUUUAUUUACAAUCAGCUUAUUGAGUAUUUUCAAUUCUGAAAAUAUUUUUAUACAGUGUAUACAAUUCUAAGAUACAUAUUUAGAAACAAUUAUUUUUGUUAAAUGGAAAUUAAGAUAUAUCCUAGCAUGGAUUUUCUUUAAGAGCACAGUCCUCAAAACUAUAGAACUAUAGUUCUUUAAUGUUAAGACCUCAGAAGUAAUUUUAAUUACAGCAAAUCAGAGAGAGAUUAAAGGUAUGUUUUAUAAAUCAUAAAACCAUGAUAAAUAUGUUUACCCAUGCCAUUAUUAAAAAUGCAAUAUUGUUUUAUAAAAAAUAAAUUGUACUCCUUCUGUGUGUAAACAUAGGUAUGUGCAUGAGGCAGAGGGAGCAGUAAGAACAUGCACAUUCAGGAGCAAGAGUGCAUCUGUGGUGAUCCUGUACUUCAGGGCUGUAAAAACCACAGCCUUCCAGAUGUUGAUGGACUACAGCUCUCCCCAUUCCUGACCAUUGACCACGCUGGCUGGAGUUGGGAGUCCAGCAACAUCUGAAUGGCCACAGGUUUCCCCACCCCUGCUACACUACACAUACACUGGCAGAACGGACUUAUUAAUGUGGUCAGCUCCCUCUUACCUUUCAUCCUGCAACAGAUGCUAACUAUGGUGGUAGGUAGCUGAUGGAGUACGAUAAGACAAAACAAAACAAAUUAUGUAGCUAUAAAUUCAUCCAAGAAAGAUAGAGGGUGUUUAGAAUGAAAAGGAGAAUCACUGAAUGUGCAGCACCAGUAGCAAAGGAUAAAGGGAUUUUGGCAACUGAGACUAUAAUGUACAUUCACAGGUGACUGAAGCUUGAAUAAGCCAAAGGAUUUUGAAUAGGGUUUAGCAAGUAUGGUGGCAUAUUAUUAUUAUAUUCUGGACUGGGAUGUUAGGCUAUUGUUUGGCUCUGCAGAGCUGUAAAUAUAUAUGCGAUAAUAUAAAAUUUGGAGCUUAUGGCAUUGGUAAGCCCAGUAGUGGCUACCAUUUUCAAUGACUGUGCCAUUUUUUUCAUUCCAUAAUAUAAGAUACUCUAUUUCUGUGCAUACUCCCAUAUGCACUAGAGCCCAGUGACAAUGCUUUGUAUGAUGAAAGGCAUAAGUUCGUUCAUGUACAGCAGGGAUGGGAAACCUGUGGCCUUCUGGAUGUUGUGGGACUUCAGAUGUGAUCAGCUUCAGCCAGGGGUCAUUGGGGUUGUGGUCCAACAACAUUAGAAGUGCUGAGAAAGAUUUAUGGCUAAGAGUUUGGAUAGAUGCUGCCAGAAAAGAUAGUACAAAAGGCAACUUCAUCUUUUUAUAAGCAGUUGCCAGUUUGGGGCUUUCAUUUUAUUUCAAGCUGUAAACAGUGGUAACUUGUAGCUGAAGUGAAGGCCUGACUCUGUUCCAUAGGUUUAACUUCCUUUGACAACUUGUGCCACAGAGUCCUACUGUUUGUGUGAUUUGAUUUACCGCACAUUAUAUACAGGUUUCUUAUUGUGCCCAUGGUUUAGAUCGGUGGGGAAAUAGUUUGGUCUUCUUGACUAGAUUCUCCAGCUUCCAUUGAAAGAAAAUGGAAAUGACAGUGACAAACUGACAAGGUUGAUUGGUUAACCUUAUGAAUCACUAUGAGAUGCGAACCCAGGAUUCUUAUUAGUAUUCUUUUAGUACUAUAGCAUUGCAUUCAAAGUUAGAGAAGACCCCUUAAAAUUAAUGGACAAAACUAUUUUAGCUGUAUUAAAUUCUGUGGGUCUACUCUGAGUAUGGCUUAAUUGGAUACAGCUCGGUAAUUUUAGUGUGUUUUUGUAACAUAGCAAUCAGAACAAUUAACUAUAGCAUGAGUACAAUGUUUUUGAGUCUUUACCAUAAGAAAUCCAGGGGAAAAAAUUUAAGGAAUGAAAAAGAUUACAUCUUGCCCCACCCUGUUGUCCCUGUUACCUCAGUGCAGAUUUUAAUGCUUCAUUUACACCUUCUUUGAAACAUUGACAGUUCUACCUUGCAUAGGAUUUCUGUACUGAAUUAUAAUGCACAUCAGAAAUACCCUUUUCUAUCUACAGGAUUAGACACUUUAGUGUUUGAUUGUAUGUGUAAAAGAUCACAUUUUAAUGUAUGAUUAUCAUUAUUGUAUUGAACUGUUAGCACUCAGUUGUAUUUGGCUUUAUGUCACUAACGGGAUGAAUUCUCACACUACACAUAUAUUGUUUUAACUUGCAGAUGCGCGUGCACACACAUAAAACUAUAUAUAGCAAAGCUGCAACCAGGGCUAGAUAUUUGUAUUUUUAAAGCUUAAAGUAUUCUGUCCGGUGCUGACAACUAUCUAGGACCUCUCUUGGAUUUCCUGCACAACUACGUUCAGCUUUUGUAAGCUCAACAUGUAAAUUUUAAAGACAUAAAUAUAGAGAGAACUAUGUGUUUGAAAUAUAAGUGAGAGAUAUAUAGAUAUAUAUAUAUAUGGAUUAGCAUGUAAACUGUAUAUUAUUAAACAUGCAAUGAACUGACUGAUAAAGUGAAGUUUAAUCUUAUGGCUAGCAAUGUAAUUUAUUCAGACUGUAUUUUUGUACAGAACAGUGCACACUAACCUAUUGCCUCUGUGUCCUCUAUAAUGCCUAAAACUGUGCCUAGAGAUUUCAUUUCUGUCUCUUGACAAUGAACAAUGAAGGGUUCUUCAUGCUGUUGAUGGUAUUAGUUUCUUUAAUGUUUUUAUAAUUUAUUUUUUUUUUAAAUGUAUGCUAUGUUUUAUUAAACGAUCCAUCAAAAUGUGGUUUAUCUUAGUCAUGGGGAAAGCUGUAAAUGUACUUUUUUAAAAGAAAAAGAAGAAAUCAAAACUUGGUGGGGUGGUUUCCCCACCCCUCUUUCAGUUCGUAGUAUUACCAUUUCACAACUUUUGUAGCUAACAUUAGGUUGUAUGUUGAAAAAGUAAUCCAAAUAAAAAAAAAAUCCUGAUACAUAAAUGUAACACAC